GGAACCAAAAAGCCCAAAAUUUAAUUUAAUAGUACUACUUUCGAAGAAUGACGAUGAAGUAGAAUUUUUGUAUGCGCCGCCGCCGCUGGAUCUCACUUUCCCCAAUCUCUCAAACUCUGCAAAUUAAGAAUCCGCCGCGUCCACUUCCGCUGUCGUCUCCAACUCGCACUGUCAACUCCCUCAAGGCUCUCUGUUGUCCGACGGUAGCCGCCCCCAGCCCUCGCCGGCUCCUUCAAUCGACGGCGGAACUGCGGUAAGUUUCCCUUCCCUGUAAUCUCUAAAACCCUAAAAUUGGAAAUUCAUAUCCGCAGAAGAGAGAAUAGGAAAAUGACGCAGAAGGGAAAUCUCUUCAAAGGGCAGAAGAAAAAGAAAUCAGUUCCUCUCAAUCGGCAUGGCAAAAUCACCCAUACGCGAAAGGGGAAGAAAGUGGCCAAGCCAUCAAAGGUCACCAAAGAGAUGGAUGCCGAUAGGGAGGUGAGCAAGUUUAUAAACCACUGCAAUGAGAUGAAAGCUGUGACAGUUGCUAAUAAAGAUGGUGGGCAUUUGAGUAUUGUUAAACUACCGGCAGAUUCCUCAAGUGGCGCAAAGAAGUAGAUGGUCCACUGCAGGGCAUAGUAAGAAUUUUGAGUUGUAGAAGAUCAAUUUUGAAAUUUAACAGUGUAUCAGAAUACUGUUUUGUUAAAUCCUUGUGUUUCUACUGGGUGAUUUGGUUAUUGUUUUGUGUUUUAACAGUGUUGGUUAUUGUUUUGUGUUUUAAUAGUGUACAUGUCUUUAUUUCAUUCCCA